AUGUUCAACCAUCCUCCGGCCACUCACAACGAGGCUCUCGACCAGGUAUACGCAGCCUACGACGCUGGCAUCAGCUCAGGUGACUUCGUCCCCUUCGUGUACCCUUGGGCUAGUUUUGGUGCUAUCCUCUGUUUUGUCUAUCUGCUUGUUCCGCACUACAAUUCUCCUUUCCUCAACAGUCUCAGAUAUCCAGUAUGGGCUCUCAACGCAUACUGGUCAAUCCAUUCCGUUCUCUAUACCCGUGCCCGUAACAUGGCACCCGCCUUUGGCGUUGGGUUAAUAUCUUCCUGGUCUCUUCUCUGGACUUUCACCCUGCUAGUUGCCCACGAUGCCCAGACCGACUUCGCCAGGAUCGAGCGCACCGAGGGAGCCAGCGCCAGUCUACGAAGCAAUGGAACUGCAACAUCAAACGGAACUAUGCUUAAAGACAAGCCUCAGUCAGACUUCCUUACCGUCUCAACCAUCAAGGAUGUCGACUUAGCCGCCGAGAGAAAGCGUCUCGGCACAACGGCAGGACCGAGCCAGCGCAAAGGCACCUUCGCCUGGCAGCACUUCCCGCUCUCGCCCUUCAUCGAGCGGCUGGACUGGGUUGCCGACGUCUUCUGCAACUUCCGUGGAAUGGGAUGGAACUGGCGCAUUUCCGGACUGGCACCGCCGCCACGCUGGGUGCAAGAGCAGCUGCACGCGAACUCGGGCACGCCCAUGUCCUCCAAGCCAGACAACCACCGCGGCGCCGACGGGACGCGGCAGCCGCAGACACGCGGCGAGGCAUUACGCGCGGGCUGGACCACCUUCCUAACGGGCUACCUGAUGCUAGAUCUGCUCAAGGUCAUCGUCCUGCACGACCCCUACUUCUGGGGCGUCAUCGACGCGCCCGCACCCGCCUUCCUCCCCUCCUUCAUCCGCGCCUCGCCCGUGCUGACCCGCGUCUUCCGGCUCCUCGUGACUCUCAACGCCAUCAAAUGUGCACUCACCACCAUCUUCGCGCUGGCCCCCAUCUUCUUCGUCGGCUUCCUCGGCCCGCGCGUCAUCGGCGCCCGCGCCUGCGCCUGGAUGUACCCGGACACGUUCGGCUCCUUCUCCGCCGUGCUGGACAAGGGGCUGGCGGGCUGGUGGGGCAGCUGGUGGCACCAGACGUUCCGCUUCGCCUUCGAGGCGCCCUCCAAACGCCUGAUCGCCCGCCUGCGCCUAUCCCCGCGCGCCCUGCCGGCCAAGAUGAUCCAGCUCCUGACGGCCUUCGUGCUCUCGGGCUGCCUGCACGCCGCCGGCAGCUACACGCAGUCCGGCCGCACCUACCCUCUCUCCGGCCCCUUCACCUUCUUCGUCCUCCAGGCCUUCGGCAUCGUCUCGCAGACGCUGCUCGUCCGCGCGCUGCGCGGAGCCGGUCUGGAAAAGACGCCACAGUGGCUGCGGCGCGCGGCCAACUUCGUCUUCGUGCACGUGUGGUUCUACUUCACGGCGCCGCUGCUCGCCGACGACUUCGCGCGCGGCGGCAUCUGGCUGUUCCAGCCCGUGCCGCUGAGCCCGCUGCGCGCCAUGGGCUGGGGUGAUCCGGACAGCCAUUGGAUGUGCUGGAAGACGAGGGAGGGCGCGGAUUGGUUCAGGUGGUACAGCGGGCGCAGGUGGUGGGAGAGUGGGAUUGCGUUCUAG